AUGCAAAUCUACAAUGGCUGCUGGCAGCGAUUCCAGACUCGCCUGCCAUUGCAUUGUUAUAGCCAUCCAGACCAUUGCAGAGGCCGAUACGCCCGACGCAGCCGUUUCUUUUUCCGCCUCUCCCUGCUUCUCCUUGUUCCGGAGAAAACCGGAGUUCCGUUUUCCCACUGCCAGUUCCGCCCUCGGAUAUCACCAGACCGUCGCGGACCACAACGGGCCGAUGGGCUGCUCAGAAACCGCGCAGGGCCCCUGGCCAGCCGCUCAACACUCCGGGUUCCUGAAAAAAACCGGCAGACAGGCACGCCGGCAAUGCAGGCACGCAAACUCGCGGAAAACACGGAAAACACGGAAAUGCACGGCCCGUGCGGCCCGUGUGUACCAGCCGAGUCCCGGGCGUGCGGCGAUGUUCUGGGAAAUUGUUCUGGCACUGCCUGUUUGGGCGCGGUCGUUCCCGACGAGACAGCAAGUGAAAUGAGCAGUGGGAUUGAAAAUGGAAACCGAAGUGAAAAAUUUCACCGGGGCUGUGCCGAGCAGGCAGAAGAGCAACAGGGAGAAACAGAGACACGGGACGGGCAGAAACACGGAGAAACACAGAGAAACACAGACAGAGCAAGAGGCUGUUUGUUUGUCGUGGCGUGUGGUGUCUCUUUGAUGCAGCCCUGUUUCUUUUGUGUGGUUGUGUGGUUGUGUGGUUGCGUUGUUGCGUUGCAGCGUUGCAGCGUUGCAUUGGCACUGGCUUUGUGUCUGCUUCAGCGUAGCGUUGUUUCCUUACUUCCAUUCUCACUUGCAUUUGUUUAUGCUGCUGCUGCUCUGCCUUGUGCUUUCUGCCUUGUGCUUUCUACCUCUUACCACUUCGUUGCACUGCUACCACCUCUACCUGUUGCAAAACCUCCUUCGCUACUACUCCUUCGCUACGACUCCUUCGCUACGACUCCUUCGCUACUACUCCUUCUACCUACAACUGUUGAUAUACAUGGCAUUUUAUUGACACUAUCAAUAUUUGUUUCCGCUAUUGUCUCCUCUCGUCUCCUCUCGUCUCCUCUCGUCUCCUCUCUCGUCUUCUCUAUCGUUUUCAUCACUAGUUCUGUGUUUUUUCUACUGUUGCCUAGCCCAUUUUCUCUACAUCAACAAACAAAAACUGUGGAAUCAUUUCUUCUAACAAACACUACUAUCUUUUUUAUUACAAGAAUUUCUUCACCUUUGUUACCAUUUGACGAUUCCUGCUGCUUUAUUUGUUGUCAUUACUACUGCUACUACUAA